UGUAAACGUCUGCAUUCAGGAUUUUGAAUCUGCUCUGAUUGGAUUAAAUCACUUUUAACAGAACACUUCUCUGAAACUCUUUUAAAGCCAACGAUGAUGAAUAUGAAAAUCUGCACAUUGGGCUUCAUCCUGUGUGGAGUCUUCAUCAUGGAGACGGAGGCAGCAAAGUGUUGUCUCACCUAUAGCCAGCGAGAAAUACCCUGUCGAAGACUGAAAGGCUACGAUAUCCAGGGCAUCACUGGGAGAUGUGACAUGCCUGCAAUUAUCUUUCACAGACUGGGGGGAAAAUUAGUAUGCGCAGACCCGGCUGAACGUUGGACUCAAGAAAGAGUCAAAUGCCUGAAGUUGCGGGCAGCAGAAAUGAAGACUGGCAAAACCUAUUUGGUGUGACAGUGCAAAAAUAGGCCAGAAGAUGUUUUAUGAUAUUAUAAAGUCUUAUAUUUUUGUACUAGCCUAAAGAAAACUUAUAUUACUAGUUUUAUUCGUACUUUCUUGUGCAUUUCUGGGGGGAAAAUAUCUGAAUAUUUUACUUAACUUCAGAUAAGUUAUCAUGGGCUUACCUCAAUAAUUAUAAAUAUUAAUAAUAAUAAAUCAAAUGUUUCCUAUGUUUUACAAUGAAUGGAUUUAAAUCUAUAUGUUUAAUAUACUGUAAGAUGAUUUUACAGGCCACGGUUUCUGUAAAUUGAACGUUGAGCUUAUGUUCUUAUGUGAAGUAUGUUCUCUUUUGUGGAACGGCUGCCCUCUUCUGUUCAUGCCAGCGGGACAAGCCAAGUGUUUUUCCCCUCUGAAUAUAAUUAAAUAUUUAAUAAAAUGGCAUUAAUAAAUUAUUAAAUAACCUUUUGCUGUUACGCUUUGCUGUUGUAUUUUCAAAUAAAAGUCCUUCAUUUCAAUUCUCAUUGUAAUGAACGAACCCAGCA